AUUUGCAAAAGAAGAGCAUGCUUAGAUGAGGAGAAACCUAAACAGAUCGAGAGAGAUAUAGACAAAAAGACAAAAAACAAAGGAGAAACAGAGAAAAGAUUUGUGGAAAGAUGGCUGCGGAAGAAGGACAAGUGAUCGCGUGUCACACCGUGGAAGCAUGGAACGAGCAACUCCAAAAGGGCAAUGACUCCAAAACUCUUGUGGUGGUUGAUUUCACGGCUUCUUGGUGUGGACCAUGUCGUUUCAUAGCUCCAUUCUUUGCUGAUUUAGCUAAGAAACUCCCUAAUGUGAUUUUUCUCAAGGUCGAUGUGGACGAAUUGAAGUCAGUGGCGAGUGACUGGGCGAUUGAGUCGAUGCCAACCUUCAUGUUCAUGAAAGAAGGGAAGAUUGUGGACAAAGUUAUUGGCGCCCAAAAAGAUGAGCUUCAGUCUACUAUUGCCAAACACUUGGCUUAAGUACUACACCUUUUUAGCUUUUACAUGUCUUUUGUCUUAAGAUAAUGGAUUAAUUGCUUUAUUUACUCUCGAGAUGUUAUGACUUGUUCCUCCUUUGUUAUGAAUCUUAUGAUGAUUCUGUUUAAUCUCAUCUGAUAAGAUCUGUUAGGGAAUUUGAUGAA